AUGGAGCAUCAUUCGGGGAGCUCUGUCAUUGAGCGGCUUACGGUGUUCAAUGUGUUUGCCACGGCUCUGACGUAUCUCGCAAUCACCAUCGCUCUCAGCUUCCUGCGCGCGCCAAAGUAUCCCGACUCUUUGCCUUGGGUCGGCCACGGCAAGUCCUGGUCUGCCGCCUUGAAGAACACCUUUGACGGCUUCUCCAAAAGCCGCGACUGGCUACAUGACGGUUAUCGGAAGUACCACAAACAGGGCCGUGCCUUCGUGCUUCCAUCAAUGCUUGGUAUGCCAACCGAGGUCUCAAUCCCACGGUCGCAGAUGCAGUGGAUGUUAGACCAGCCCGACCACGUGCUGAGUACAAGUUCCGCGCACUACGACACGUUGAAUGGCGACUAUGCUUUUAUAUCAUCAGCGAUCUUGAAGGACCCAUAUCACGAGCGCAUCGUACAUAAGAACCUAGCGCGUAAUUUGAACGCUAUCAUACCAGAGAUGGUCGACGAAGUCAGUUUCAACGUCGCAGAUGUGUGCGGUACCGAUACAGAGCAUUUCAAAAAGGUCGAUUUGAUGGAUGGGUUCUUCAUGAGCAUCAUCCCGAAGAUCACCAACCGGAUGUUGGUAGGGAAAUCAGUAUGCAGGAACCCAGAUUUCCUCAAGAACAUGAUGGGCUUCACCACUGAUGUUGUGCUUGGUUUAAUCUUCCUUCCAAUGAUACCGCGAAGUCUGCACCCUCUUGUCGGCCCCAUCUACAGCCUAGGCCCCAAGUACCAUUACUGGCGGACACGCAAGUAUACCUUGCCAAUCAUCAAGAAGCGGCUGGAAGAUUUCCGAAAGAAAGAGGCAGGCGAUCCAGCAUACGUCGAUUGGAAAGCACCGAACGAUUUCAUUACGUGGACGAUUCGUACAGCAAUGGAUGAGGGACGAAACGACGAACUGCAGCCGAGUCGUAUUGCGAUGCGAAUCUGCCCGCUUAAUUUCGCGAGCAUCCACACGACAGCCAUAACAGCACACAGUGCGCUCAUCGAUAUCUUGAGUGCAGAUCCAAGUGUUGUGGAAGCACUGCGCGAAGAAGCUACUCGGAUCUACAACGAGGAUGGUAAGCAGUGGACGAAGAACGGUUUGUCGCGUAUGUACAAGCUCGACUCAGCAAUUCGCGAAUCUCAACGAUAUUCUACCAUGGCUAUGAGCCUCAUAAGCAAAAAGGUCAUCGCAAAAGAGGGUAUCACAAGCCCCGAGGGCAUUCACUAUCCGCGUGGAUGUCUAUUGUCUUGCGCUUGGCUCCCGGUCGCUCAUGACGAAGAGUUGUAUGCAAAGGAAGAUGCGUACGAUGCUUUCCGAUUUUCAAGAGAUCGAGAACAGUUUGACUCCAUGGGCGAAGAUGAGAAGGCAAGCGUGGAUGUGCUGAAGUUAAGGCAAAGCGGCAUAGUCACCACUGGUCUCGCAAAUCAAGCUUUUGGACACGGAAGGCACGCCUGUCCUGGUCGCUUCUUUGUUGCACAUGAGCUUAAGAUCAUGUUUGCACAUUUAUUCAUGAAUUACGAUAUACAGCCUCUUACAGAAAGACCGGGCCAGAGAUGGGUGGGACGGAAUUUUCUCCCUCCAAAGGUUGAUAUCGAAGUUCGCCACCGCAAGGUGUAUUAA